AUGGCGAAGAGGGUUUUGUUAUCAACGGAAAUUGGCGGGAAUGGAACCCCUGCGGAUAACAAGGUCCACCUGUACUGCAUGGAGUUGCCCAGCGCGCUGUCGUCCUGGUGCUGUGAAGUGCCCGCCAUGAAGCUCCUUGCCUUUCUGCUGCUUGCCCUUGUGGGCCUUUCCACCUCUGUGGAUGCACAAGUUUCAGGAAGCCCAGCUUCGAUUGUUGGAGAGCAGGUGGAUUACACAAAGGAACCGUUUCUCUCAACAACCGCAGAGAAGCCAAAGGAUGAGACUACCACAUUGGCGCUCACUAGUAACUUCCCACAAGAAGAGGAAGUAUCAACAGAAGUAGAAGUGACAUCAGUAGCUGGAGUGACACCAGCAGUUGAAGUGAAAACUAAAAAGCCCCGUGUUGGCAUCACGGGGGCUACUCGUGUUACAGCUAAUGCGGCAGAUGUGGAGAUUUUCCAUUACGAUUAUUACUCCCUGCGCAAAUGGGGUCUGAUAGCUGCUGCCAUCCUCUUCAUUCUUGGCAUUCUCAUUCUCACUUGUGGUAAACACAGGCAUUUGCCACGAUGCCGAGGGAAGAAACGAGCAAGGAACUAUGAUGUGACUCAAGCCUGAAGCUACUUCAGCUCUUUCUGUUGGGAAGCAUGGGCAGGGACGCUGUUCCUCUGGAAGGCAACAGUUGCAUCAAGCUGGAUCUGGCACACUUUACUAUUCGUUGCAAACAGAGAAGUGACCACUCAGUUCCCCAAACCAUCCAGUCCCUGCCUGAUUGCCAGGCUUGUCCCGUACCUGCACUCACAACAUCUCUCCAUUCUUCAUGCUCUGCUCCUGUCUUGUAUCCCCCCCCCCCCACUACAUUAAAUGACUCCCUCUGCAGAACUUGGGCAUUGCUGAGUGAGUUGCUCCCACUGCACAUCCUGAGGCCAGGGGAGACUUGAGUUGGCUUAUGAUGAUGGGCGAGGCGGUCACUCCAGGCCAAGACAAACCCUUGUGAGCAAAUCCUGUGCCAAGAAGGUCUGUAAUUCUGUACCCACAAUAAAUGCUGGGGCGUGCUCUGUUUUUUCUAA